AUGUUUCCUCGAAUAACUAGUCACUUAGUUCGUUAUAGUUCAGCAUAUAUUCGUCAUUCUCGACUUGUUCUUCGUUCGCCAUCCCGUCGUUAUCUAUCCGAAUUGCCCCGACGAGGACAAAUCCGUCCGUGGUAUCGUCGUUUUUGGCCGUUAACGAUCACUGUUGUGUCCGCUGGUAUACCAAUUGGUUAUGUUAUCUACGGAAAGUAUCUUCGAGAUCUUUUCCCAUUAAUUCAAGCUGAUAGAAAAGAAGAAAAUAUCGAUGAAAAUACGGAAUCUGUUCCUCAAUCUGAGCUCGAUAAACUUCUUUCCCAAACUCAACAUUUACUCAAUUCGGAAUUGUAUACAAAUCGUUCAUCAGCAUUUCUCGUUCCUAUUCGCUUAUUUUUUCGAACAUUAAAAUUAAUUGUCAUCUUUACACCAGUUCUGAUCUUCUACUUUUAUCAAGACACAUUUGCUCCGCAUCUCUAUGAAAAAUGGUGUUAUACACUUCGACGAUCAUUUGAACUGUGUGGUCCUUGUUUUAUUAAGUUAGGUCAAUGGAUGGCCACACGGCCUGAUCUUUUUUCCACUGAAUUUUGUUCAGUUUUCAAUGAACUUCAUUCAAAUGCACCAACCCAUUCUGAAUCUCAAACCCGAAGGUUACUCGAAGAGAAUCACAUUUAUAUCAAGUCGUCAAAUUUUCUCACAAAACCAUUAGCAAGUGGUGCAAUUGCUCAAGUUUAUCGAUGUAAAGUUGGCGAUCUCAAUUUAAUCAUGAAAGUUCGUCAUCCAGAUGUUCAAUAUACAAUUUAUUAUGAUUUGAAAAUUUUAAACAUUUUUACACGUUUAUUGACCAAAUUUGUUUCGAAGGAAACAUUUCAAUGGUUGAAUAUCGAAGAUAACAUUCAAGCCUUUACAAAGAAUAUGUUACUGCAGACAAAUUUAAUGAUCGAAACAAAAAAUCUACAAAUUUUCGAACGAAAUUUUCAGAAAUAUCAAUCAAGCAUCAAAUUUCCACAUGUCUAUCUGUCAUUACCCACAACACAAGAUAUUCUCUUUCAAAGUUAUGAAAGUGGACAGUUACUAAACGAUUUCAUGGAAUCAUGUACCGAUCCCGAAAUUCGAAAGAAAUUAGCCUAUCUCGGAGUUAAUGCUUAUCUCAAGAUGCUCUUCGUUGACAAUUUUAUUCACGCUGAUCUUCAUCCUGGAAACAUUCUCGUUCGUCUUGAUGAGAAAAACCCUCGUGAGCCCAUUAUCAUCUUUCUCGAUGUUGGCUUAACUUCUUCGCUAAAUCGACGUGAUAAAAGAAAUUUUUACGAUCUUUUUCGAGCUAUUGCGAAUUACGAUAGUACAGAAGCAGCGACUCUAUUGAUCGAACGUGCUCCGAAUGCAGAGGAAAUCGAUGAACAAUCCAAAAUUGGCUUUCGGAAAGAAAUGGCUGUUUUAAUUGAGAAAGUUCUUCAUACUCCGUUGAAACAUCUGGAAGUCGGACUGAUCUUACGCAGUGUGUUGGAUUUGGGAAAGAAAUAUCAUAUUAAAAUGGAGUCCAAUUUUACGACAUUGGCUUUGGGAACGAUUAUUAUCGAAGGGAUUGGAAGGCAACUCGAUCCUGAAUUCGAUUUUGUCAAUGCGGCACGACCUUUUUUACAGAAAGAUUUUCGACUUAUCACCAAUACAUCUGUUUCAUUCAAAAUGAAAUUUCGUGCUAAAUUACAUAAUAGUACAACAAUAAAUAAAUUCACCAAGAUCAUAACCGGUGUUUCGAAAAUGGCCAAAUCCGGUGUGCUUCGCUUAACUGCAGAUAAAUUAUAUUUAAUUCUUGGUGACAAAUCCUUCGGCGGUGGUGUUUCACUUUGGAUCGAGUUAGAUCCGAUUCGAUUUUUCGAUGAUUACAUCAUGGAUGGUUUAUCACCAUUAGCAAAUGAAAUUUACAUUGAAAUCAUGUUCGAAGAACUAUUACGUGCUCUCAAACCAGCACAACAAGCUCGAUUAUUGAAACUUCGUCUCAUUAAAAAACACAAUAAUCCAUGCUUAAGUAUCGAUACCGAAGUCAUUUCAUCAGCAAUGACUGAACGACAAUUUACCUGUGACAUUCCUAUUCAUUUACUUGCUCAUAAACAUUGGUAA